AUGGCCUCCUCCAUACUCUCCGACUGCUCCUCCUGCGCCACCUCCCGCCUCCUCCCCCUCCGCCGCGCCCUCCACCCGCCGCCGCCCCGCUUCCGCCCCUCCCCCGCCCCGGCGCCGUUGCCGAGGAGGCCUCUCCUCGCCGCCGCCGCCUCGCUCCCGCUCCUCCCCCGCGCGCGCCGCAUGGCCGCGCUCGCCGCCGCCUCUUCCGCCGACUCAGGUGUGCCCACUGUUUUGGCUGAUGCAUCUGCCAAGAUCAUCGACGGCAAGCUGGUGGCAAAGCAAAUAAGGGAGGAGGUCGGCGUUGAGAUCGCCAGGAUGAAGGACACGAUCGGAGUGGUGCCUGGGCUGGCGGUCAUCCUAGUCGGCUCGAGGAAGGAUUCCCAGACAUACGUGCGGAACAAGAAGAAGGCGUGCGAUGCGGUCGGUAUCAAGUCGUAUGAGGUUAAUUUGCCAGAGGACGCUUCCGAGUACGAGGUCAUCAAGCACAUAGCAACCUUCAACGAUGAUCCGUCGGUGCAUGGCAUCUUGGUUCAGCUGCCCUUACCUCGCCAUAUGAACGACGAGAACAUAUUGAAUGCUGUUAGUAUUGAAAAGGACGUUGAUGGCUUUCAUCCAGUGAACAUUGGACGACUUGCAAUGCAAGGUCGGGAUCCAUUCUUUGUUCCAUGCACCCCUAAAGGAUGCAUGGAGCUGCUACACAGAUCUGGAGUUGAAAUAAAAGGGAAGAGAGCUGUUGUAAUUGGAAGGAGCAAUAUUGUGGGGACGCCUGCUGCUUUACUCUUACAAAAAGCAAAUGCAACAGUGAGUAUUGUACAUUCAAAAACCAAGAACCCCGAGGAAAUAACAAGACAAGCAGAUAUUAUAAUCGCGGCUGUUGGAGUUGCUAACCUGGUCAGAGGGAGUUGGAUAAAGCCUGGAGCUGCUAUUAUUGAUGUUGGCAUCAAUCCGGUUGAUGAUCCAGCAAGCCCUCGAGGUUACCGGCUAGUUGGAGAUGUCUGCUUUGAGGAGGCCUCCAAGGUUGCAGGAGCCAUCACACCAGUUCCCGGCGGUGUCGGGCCAAUGACAAUUGCGAUGCUUCUGUCGAACACACUGGAUUCAGCUAAAAGAAUCCACAAGUUCAAGUAA